AUGCAGCCGGAGCGGGGCGGCAGCCGGCCCCGCCGAGAAGGCGGGCGGCACGGCCGCAGGCGGCCCGGCGGCGCGGAGAGGGCGGCCGAGGCAGCGGCGGUGGCCGGAGGAAGCGGCGGGGACGGCCGCGGCCGAGGCGGAGGAGGCGGGGGCCGGGGAAGAGGCGGCGCUCACGGGCACCGAGGAGGCGGGGGCCGGGGUAGGCGAGAGCCGCGGGGCCGCGGGCUCCCCGCCGCCCCCCACCAGCGGCGGGUAGAAGAUGAUGAUGAUGAUAAUGAGUCACGAGAGGAAGAAGAGAAGGAAGACCUGAAAAGCUAUUCAAGAAGAAAGAUUGUUUCCAAUUGGAGCCGCUAUGAGGAUGCAGAAAAAGAGGGACAGAAUGAAAGUGCAGAGUCGCAGAGAGGAACAGACUUCAGUGUUUUGCUUAGCUCAGCAGGAGACUCCUUUACACAGUUUCGAUUUGCUGAAGAGAAAGAAUGGGAUACAGAGAGCACAUGCCACAAGCAGUUAUCUGCCCUUAAUGUUGACUGUCAGACUUUGGCCCAGGCUCUUCAGGAAUUGCCUCUGCAUCUAAGGCUGAAUGUGGCUGCUGAGCUUGUGCAGGCAUCGACACCUGCUGAGCUCCCACACAUGAAAUUUAAAAAUAUUGAAGACAGCAAGAGAACAGAGAUUCUAUUCCAACCGUCUUUGGCUCAAAAUCGAACAGUGUCGGUCUCCCAUCACGCUGGUGGUUCUGUUGCCCCAUCAGAGCCUAGAAGUAAGGAUGCUCAUGCAGCGACUUCAGCAGAACCAUUUCAGAGAGGUCGUCCACUAUCAAAGCAAGAGACUGACCAUUUAGAUGAAGAACUAGAUCUUCUCCUAAAUCUGGAUGCUCCUGUUAAUGCAGAAAACAGAUGUGUGUCAGGUGCAUUAUCCUACAACGUAACUGAGAAAGAUCAGAAAAUGGAUUAUAAGGAAAAGGACCCUCUAAAACUAGAUGUGCCUGAAGAGAAGAGUACUACAGCAUCACAGCAGCAACAAUGUAAAUCUAAAAAUGUCACUGAGGAAGAGCUUGAAGAUUGGCUGGACAGCAUGAUUUCCUGAAGCCCAAAUUCUCUUAUGUGAAUAAAUGAAUAUUGCAAAAGUUAAGUAGAAUGUAUUAAAGAAUGGAGUGAAUUCCUUUAUCUCCUCUUUAUUUUCUUUAUUUCACUUGGUUCAGUAGCCUAAUGCAUAAUUUCAUUUGACAGCAUUUAAAAACUGCUCAUCUUAGAAGCACGUCUAAGCAAAUUUCUGAAGUUAAUAUUCUUGGUAGACAAUACUUCCUUAAGUUUAAACGAUAAAAUUAUUUAUAUAGUGAUAUAUGAAAUAGUGACAAAAUUAAGAUCUUCUUUGCUUAAAAAGAUGUGUGCCACUACACUAAAAGAAAUUGUUUCAGCCUGUACUUGCUAUAUGUAGUCUCUGUAAAAUAAAGAUGUGAGCAUAAAAUGCA